AUGCCUUUCUGGAAAAAAGACAAUAGUAACAAAGAAGUAUAUACGAAUGUUAUUCAAGGUUUAAGACAAAUAUAUUCACAAAAAUUAUUACCACUUGAAGAAGCAUACAGAUUUCAUGAAUUUCACUCAUCACAACUGGAAGAUAGUGACUUCGCAGCUAAACCAAUGGUACUGCUUGUCGGACAAUAUUCAGUUGGAAAAACGUCAUUUAUUCGCUAUUUAUUAAAUGAAGAUUUUCCUGGCAUUCGAAUUGGACCAGAGCCAACAACUGAUUCAUUUAUUGCUAUCAUGCAUAAUGAACAUGGUGGUGUUGUACCAGGUAAUGCAUUAGUAGUUGAUCCAACAAAACCAUUUCGACCAUUAUCAAAAUUUGGCAAUGCAUUUUUAAAUCGUUUUGUUUGUUCACAAGUGCGUAAUGAACUUUUAGAAACAAUUACAUUCGUUGAUACACCAGGUAUAUUAGCUGGAGAAAAACAACGUGUUGAUCGUGGCUAUGAAUUUAGUCAAGUUCUUGAAUGGUUUGCUGAUCGUUGUGAUCGAAUUUUACUUUUAUUUGAUGUUUCAUCAUUGGAUAUAUCAGAUGAAUUAAAACGUGCUAUUGAAGUUUUAAGACGCAAUGACGAUAAAAUACGUAUUGUCCUCAAUAAGGCUGAUUCAAUUGAUCAACAAGCAUUAAUGCGUGUUUAUGGUGCUUUAAUGUGGUCAUUAGGAAAAGUUCUUGGUACACCAGAAGUUUGUCGUGUUUAUGUUGGAUCAUUUUGGUCUAAACCUUUACAAUAUGAUUCAAAUCGACGUUUAUUUGAAUUAGAAGCAAAAGAUUUAUUUGGUGAUUUAGAAUCUUUACCACGAACAGCAACACUUCGUAAAUUAAAUGAUUUAAUCAAACGUGCUCGAUUAGCUAGAGUACAUGCAUUCAUUAUGAGUGAAUUGAAAGAAAGUAUGCCAAGUGUAUUUGGUAAAGAUCAAAAACGUCGAGAAUUGAUUAACAAUUUACAUUUAGUUUAUGAAAAAAUUGAACGCCAACAAAAUAUUCCAUUAGGUGAUUUUCCAAAAAUAGAACGUAUGCAAGAGAUAUUACAAAAUAUGGAUUUUACUAAAUUUAAACCAUUGGAUAAAAAAUUACUUGAACGUGUAGAUAAAAUGCUUGCUGAAGAUGUACCAAGAUUAAUGAGCAUGUUACCACGAGAAGAACUUGCAUAUAUGAAUUCAACUCAACCAGAAUUCGGUGGUGGAAAUUUAUCACAAGGAAGUACAAUUUUUGCUGAUCAACAAUCAACACCAUUUGAUAUUGGUGGUGUUGAAGGUAUUAAUGCUGGUAUUGGAGAAUAUGAUUGGAUUGUUGAACGAUCAAGACAUGAAUAUGAUCAAGUAUUUGCUAAACUUUCACCACAAAAUGGUAAAAUAAGUGGUGCUGCCGCCAAACAAGAAAUGGUUAAAUCAAAACUUCCAAAUAAUGUUCUUGGUCGUAUAUGGAAAUUGAGUGAUGUUGAUAAAGAUGGCAUGCUUGAUAUUGAUGAAUGGGCUUUAUCUCAACAUCUUAUUAAAAUCAAAGUAGAAGGUGAUGAAAUACCCAAUGUAUUACCUGACCAUCUUAUCCCACCAAGUAAACGUCAUUUAUCUAAUAAUACUAAUAAUAAUGGACUUUAUCCAGCAAUUAAUAACAAUAAUUCAAGUGGUUAUAAUUGA